AGCCACAUAAUAAAUCCUUUACUGACCAAGCUUGUUCGGUCAAGAUGGCUGGAUAUUGGCCUCAUUCUCUUUUUGCGAGGUUAUGGACCGAGAGUGCGUCCCGGUCCAUAAACUCGCAAAAAUACAGAACGAGGCCAAUAUCCAGCCAUCUUGACCGAACAAGCUUGUCAAAUAACCCAUAUUUCUUACACGCUCGGGUAGCCAGUCACAGUGCAGGAUUUGGAUCAUCUCUCCCGCUCACGGAGCUAUCCAUAUAACAAGCUGGAAUAUAUGUCGUAGCUGUAGAACCUGACAAAUCUGAUUGGCUGAAAAUACGAAACGAAUACUCUGCACAUGCUCAGAAAAUCGGGUCGCGAUUCUUGGUGCUGACCAAAAGGAGCGCGGCCUCUGGGGACGUGAAUGCUCGCGAACAACCACAGUUCUCUUGAAAACGAGGUAAGAAAUUGCGUGACAUAAUGAUGGAGAACACGGCCAGGAAAGUGCGAGAGAAAGCGUCCGAGUUUAUUUACGAGGGUUUCAAAGACGAGCUGCUCCACAAACUUAACGAGUUUAGAGAAACGAACAUUCUCUGUGAUACGACUAUUCGAGCUCAGGGACAGGACUUCCCUGCUCAUAAAUGUGUUUUAUCUGCUGCAAGUCCUUACUUCCGGGCUAAGUUUACCAGUCGAUUGCAAGAAAAUGAAAGCAAUCUCGUAGAGUUGCAGGAGGCAGAAUCGAAGACGAUUGCCGAUGUUCUUAACUUCAUUUACACUGGUGAAGCAAGCAUCCACUCUUCCAAUGCACAAGGUUUGUUGAUGAUCGCGGACUACUUGAUCAUACCAAGUUUGAAAUCGAAAGCGUCAAAUUUCCUGGAGAGUUCGCUGAAUGCUUCGAAUUGCUUGGCUUUAGAAUCACUUGCUUCUCAGUAUAACUGCGAGACACUGAAGCAAGCUGCAGUCGCUUUUCAAUUUGAAAAUUUUGUAGCCGUCGCAAAAUCCGAGGACUUUAAAACGCUUCAUGCAGAGAACGUCAAAGGACUGAUUUGCAAGGACGAGAUAAACGUGUCAGAUGAAGAGGAAGUAUACCAAGCAGUGAUAGCUUGGGUGAAGCAUGAACUGCCGUCAAGGGAAUGUUUACUUCCUGAACUAUUGAAAUGUAUGAGACUGUUUUCAAUGUCGAAGUACAGUCUACGAAAAAUUCUCGAUGAAGAGUUGGUCAGUAAAAACCUCACCUGUACAAGGAUUGUAAUCAAUGCACUAGACUUCUUUCUGUUCCCAGACCGUUUCCAAGACAUGUCACUUAAACCUCGUUUGUCUUUAGACAAAUACGAACAUGUGGUGGUGCUCACUGGUGGAAUUGGCGAAUCUGGUCUCAAGAAGAACACCCAGUGCUUUGUGCCCUCCACCCUAUCAUGGGUGUCCCUACCCAUGAUGCCAUACCCUCACAGUCAUCAUGGUGCUGCAGUGUGUGGUGGAGUACUGUAUAUAAUGGGAGGGGCCAACUCAACCCCAAUGUGUUGUUUCAACCCAAAACAAAACAAAUGGAGCUCCCGUGGCACAAUGUUAAAGCUAAAAGGCUGUUCAGUCACAUGCUUUCAUGAAGAGUUGUAUGUGAUUGGUGGAGAGGGUUCUUGGCAAGAUGUUCAAAUAUACAAUCCAAUUCAUGAUAAAUGGAGACCAAGAGCAUCAAUGGAAACCCGCCGUGCUGGUCAUAGUUCUGUUGUGCUGCAAGAGUGUAUCUAUGCAAUUGCUGGUCAUGAUGGCACUGUUUGUCAAAACAGCGUGGAGUGUUAUAAUCCAGUAAGUGACCAAUGGACAAAGAUUUCAAGUAUGUGUAAAGUCCGAAGGUUUGCUGCUGCUGCAACAGUGGGUGACAAAAUAGUCGUAGUUGGCGGAUUUGGUGACAUGACAGUUAAAACCAUAGAGCCUUCAUGUGAAAUGUUUGAACCAAGAACAAAUCAAUGGAGCCUGGUGUCUAGUCCACUUCGGCCUCGUGCUGCUCAUGGUAUUGUAAGUAUAGACAACAAAGUCUACUUGUUUGGAGGAGAAGAUGAGAAGUUGUAUGCAGCUAGUGUGGAGUGUUUUGAUGUGAAUGAUAAUGAAUGGGAGGAAGCUGGCUCUUAUAUGUCUGUGCAGGCUUCAUACUUUGGAACAUCACUGCUAAAAUUGCCAAAAGAGUUUAUUCUCAAUUGAUGAAAAAGCUCACCCUCCAUCCCUAGGGAACAGUGGGUGACUACAAAAGUGACAGGAAGUGGCUAAAAAGUCCUAACUUAUUCAGUCACAUUUUAUAGGAUAACCUGCCCUCAAAAGACUUGAACAAUUGUAUUUUGAUUAAUGACAGCUGUACUAUAUAUGAACAGAUAUAGAACUGAGGCACUUGGCCAAAUAAAUGAUAGUUAUUGUUAUUAUAAAAAUAACUGCCCUAAUAAAUGUAUAAUAAAAAAAUCAUUCAAAGUAAGACUGAAAUUUACACUACUAACAAGUUUGUACUAGUUAAUAUUUUUGGUAGCUUCAAGACAAUAAC